CCCUAGCGGGGCCGGAAUGGGUGUGUCCCCGGGCCGCCCCGCCUCUACCUACGGGUCCGGACUCCGGCCCUGAAUAGCCGCUGGUCACUCUUUCGAGGAGAUUCCUCGCCGCUCGCUGUCACCAGCCCAGACCUGGAUUUGCACCCUAGCCUCUCGCUCUGACCCAGUCGUGGUCACUGCGUCCUGCCCCUGCGACCGGAUUGACAGUUCUCGUUUCCGAGAUUUGCGAGACUUUCCUCUAUCGCUUGUGAAUAAUGGCAGCUCCCAUGAAGGGCCAAGUGUGCGUAGUGACCGGUGCUUCCAGAGGUAUUGGCCGCGGUAUCGCUUUGCAGCUCUGCGAAGCAGGGGCCACAGUUUAUAUCACUGGUCGCCGUAUAGAUAGCUUGCAAGCCACUGCUCAGGAGGCACAAUCCCGAGGGGGCCGGUGUGUGCCCGUGGUGUGCGAUUCAAGCCAGGAGAGUCAAGUGCAAAGUCUGUUUGAACAGGUGGAUCGGGAACAGCAUGGGCGUCUGGAUGUGCUGGUCAACAAUGCCUUUGCUGGGGCCCAGGCUAUCUUCGAAAAUCUUAAGAAGGCAUUCUGGGAAUGCCCUGCCUCCGUGUGGGAUGAUAUCAACAAUGCUGGACUCAGAGGCCACUACCUGUGUUCUGUGUACGGUGCACGGCUGAUGGUACCGGCUGGCCGCGGCCUCAUCGUGGUCAUCUCCUCUGUUGGAGGGCUGCAGUAUUUGUUCAGUGUUCCCUACGGAGUGGGCAAAGCUGGGUGUGACAGGCUGGCUGCUGAUUGUGCCCUGGAGCUGCGGCGCCAUGGAGUCAGCUAUGUGUCAUUGUGGCCAGGGAUGGUGCAGACAGAAAUGCUGAUGGAGGUUUCAAGGAAGGACAUCAAAGAUCCCAUGUUUGAGAAGUUCAAAUUAAAUCUGCCAUCUGCAGAGACCACAGAAAUGAGUGGCAAAUGUGUGGUGGCUUUGGCAACAGACCCCAACAUCCUGAGCCUGAGUGGGAAGGUGCUGCCAUCCUGUGAUCUUGCUCGGCGCUAUGGCCUUCGGGAUGUGGAUGGCCGCCCAGUUCAAGACUAUUUGUCUGUGAGGUCGGUUCUCUCCAAUGCCUCCAGCCUGGGCUGGCUGGCCUCCUACUUGCCCAGCUUUCUCCGUAUACCCAAGUGGAUUAUGACCCUCUACUCUAGCAAAUUCUAACUCUCCUGGCCUGACACCACAACUGCCCCUCUUCUCCUUCAGGCUGGGUGGAAAAGGUAGACCUUCUUGCCUCCUGUGCACACUCUUGAUAUGAAGAGAAAGCCUCUGUGUGCCCUGGAUGAGCCCUGGGGCCGUCUUAGGUCCUUCUUUGAGCCUUGGUUUUCUGUAACCCUGAUUUUACUUUUUGCCUUAGUUUUGAAAACUACCGGAGGUCUAAUUAAUAAAGCUCUCGUUUCUUCU